UCCGGCGUCGCGCAGUCAGUGCGCAGCGAGCGCUCGUGGCGUCGAGGUGUGUGAUAGCGCGUAAGCGUGCCUCCUAGCGGCCGCAUCUACUGUCGGACUACUGGCUGCGCGCCGUGUCAACGAAACGUCACACGCACUCCGGGAGCGCGUGAUUCUUCUCUGCUGCCAACCUCCUCUUUUACCACCUGUGGAUCUAGCGCAGUAAGACGACCACAACCUACCUACGAAAAACAUCCGCAUUCAGUAACACCACAUCUCCGUACUUCACUGUCGCUACUCCACUUGACGGGUCCUGUGCCAUGCUAAUGCUGUAUACUGAGUAAAGGGGCCAGCAGCUCGGCGCGUCGAGUACGACUGCUCCCGGUCCAGAUGGCUGUUUGGCACACAGGAGGCGGGCCGCUUUGACAGCGCCGUGGCCAGGAUGCGCUGGCUGUGGCUGUUGGCGGCAGCGGUGGCGGCCGCGCCUUCUCCUUCUCCCUCGCCUUCGCCUCCUCCAGAGCUGGAGGCGCAGUCUUGGCGGUGCCCGGCGGUGGGCGGCGGCGUGGCGUGCGCGUGCGACCUGCCGCACACGCUGCGGUGCGCGGGCGGCGCGGGCGCGCUGCGGGCCGUGGGCUCUGCGCUGCGGGGGCUGUCGCCGCCGCGCGCCGUGUCGCUGCUGGAGGUGUCUGCGCGCGGGCUGCCCGCGCUGGACGCGCCGCCGCUGUCGGGCGUGCUGCUGCACGGGCUGGUCGUGUCGUCGGGCGCGCUGCGGCGCGUGUCGGCGCGCGCCUUCGCCGGGCUGGCGGGCCCGCUGCAGGCGCUCGGCCUGCCCGACAACCGGCUGGACGCCGUGCCCGCCGCCGCGCUCGCCGCCCUGCCCGCGCUGCAGCGGCUCGACCUCUCGCGCAACCUGCUGCAGCGCAUCGACGACCGCGCGCUCCAGGAACUACCUGAGCUGACAUUCCUAGACGUGAGUGACAACCGGUUGACGGAGCUGUCUGCGGACGCGUUCAGCGGGCUGCCCGCGCUGCGCACGCUGCGGCUGCGCGGCAACCGGCUGCACGCGGUCAGCCACGUGCGCGGCCUGGCCGAGCUGCGCGAGCUCGACCUGUCGGCGAACGCGCUGGCGGGGCCGCUGGGCCCGCGCACGCUGCCGCGCGGGCUCGCCAAGCUGCACGCGCUCGACCUCUCGCACAACCAGCUCACCAGCGUGCGGCGGGGCGCGCUCGCAGGGCUGGAGUCGCUGCGAACGCUGUCGCUGGAGCACAACCACAUCGACGUUCUGGAGGACGAGGCGCUGGGCGCGCCGCAGCUGCAGCAGCUGGUGCUGGCGCACAACCGCAUCGUGGCCGUGUCGGGCGCGUCACUUGCGCGGCUGGGCGCGCUCACGCACCUCGACCUGGCGCACAACUUCCUGCGCGCACUCGCCGCAGACCUGGUCGCGCCACUCUCCGCGCUCCGAGAGCUACGGCUCGACGACAACGACAUCUCGAUGGUGGCUGGCGCCGCUCUCGAGCGCGCCGCACCGCUCCUCAACCGCCUCACACUCACCGACAACCCACUCAACUGCGACUGCAGCCUGUCGGAGUUCGCGUCGUGGCUGCGCAACGCGUCCGAAUCUCGGCGGCUGUCGGCGGCUGACGUGGCCACCGCCAUCUGCGCCACGCCGCCCUCGCUGGAGAACGGCGCGCUAGCCGAGGUGGCGCCCGACGACCUGGUCUGCGGCGAGGAGCUGCCGCCGGCCGACGACGAGGUCGGCGACGAGAUCGCCGACGGAGACGGCGACGAGGCGGGCGCGGGGGCGCAGCUGCAGCUGCCCGACAGCGAGGCGACGGCGGCGCUGCGGGCGUUCCGCUACGACGCGGCCGCGGACGCGGUGUGGCUGCAGUGGUCGGUGCGCGGCGCGGGCGCCUACUCGUGCCACUCGCUGGUCGUGUACGAGGAGCGCGGCGCGCGCGAGGUGCUGCUCGAGAACGUGCGCCUCGACUGCAACUCGUCGCAGGUGGGCGACCCGGCGGCGCUGCCGCUGCGGCUGGCGGGGCUGGGCCUGCAGCGCGGCCGCAGCUACCGCUACUGCCUGCUGCUGCUUCGCGGCGGCGGCGCGCACUCCGACGAGCUGCUGCUCGAGUGGGGCUGCAGCGACGCCAUCCCGCUGUCCGCCGACGGCGCGCCGGCGCGGCCGCUGCCGGAGCUCACCGCGCUGCACGCCGACGUCGCCUCCGACGGGGCCCUCACUGCCACCGCCACUCUUCUCGAGGUCCCUGUGGCUGCCCCCUGCACGUUGACCAUCGCCGUGUACCGCGGCAAGGCGCGCGAGCGCACCCAGCACGUCAACUGUUCCUACCCGGAGGCGUUGUUCCGAGGCCUGCAGCUGGACGGGACCGGCCAGCUCCGCCUGUGCGCCAGUGUCGACGCCCCGGCUCCCCAGCCCGAAGACGACACGCUGUGCGUCUCGGUGCGCCACCAGCAGGCCCAGUCGAAGCACGGCGAGCCGCCCCAGCCGGUCGGCGCCGGGGUGGUCGCGGCGUUGGCGGCCGCCAGUGCGACGGUCAUCCUGGUGGCGCUGCUGUACGUCGCCUCCCGCGUCGUCUUCGGCAGGACGCACAUGGCCGCCGCGCACCAGUACUUCCUGACGGGCCAGCAGGACGACGAGCGCCCGCCGCACUACGUCAAGCUGCAGGCCACCACCAAGCUGUGAGGCUUCUGCAGGAUGGACGAUCCACUUGUGGCGCUGCCCGAGAGUUGCUCUGCACAACUAGAAUAAAAUUUGCCAUAGGCCUUUGUCGAGAAUCUGGAUAGCGCCAAUCGCUUGUGUUCCGAAAUCUAGGUCUCACAAAUGGACGUUAUGGAUUUUCUUAGUGCUGGUUGAACUGGCACUGGCUCGUCCUUGCUUCUGCGAGAUAAAUGACUCACUGGUGGGAUUUCCCAAGCGUUCUCUGUGCAAUCAGAAUGAAAUACUCUCAACUUUCAUCGAGAAUCUACAUAGCGCCAAGACCUUAAGUUCCCAAUCGUACAUUAGACAAUGAGACCUCUUGGGCUCAGCUCUUUUCAAUUUUCUUCAUACUUAUAGCAUAUGUAUGUCACUCUCGAGACAUUAAUUUCGUAAAAUAGUACAAUACACUUCUCAAGAACACCAGAAACAAUAGACUAUGAAGACUUCCAAGCCCAUUUAAGUAUAACAAAUUUCAAAAAUAUGACAAAACCACCCAUAGCUGCACUAACCCUUUCAGACCCUCUCACUACAAUUGUGUACAUUAACGUUUGCUGUCUAUUAGCUACAAUAAAAAUAUUUUUCUCAAUAGGAACCUCAUGUACACAUUUGCGAAUGUUCAAUCUUUUCACCAUGCACAAGUCUUGCCACCUGUUGCGUGUAACUAUAAAAGUAUCAACAAUUGAAUGUGGCAGUAUGCAGCAGCUUACAACCGCCAGAAUACACGCAAGUGGUUGGUUAGUUGUAUUCCGCUGCGUAAUUCAAUAUUAUUAUUGUUAUUUUGCAUGGUAAUUAUUGAAUGAUCAGAUUAUUUAUUACAACAGUGAACAUUUCAAAAUUAAUUAUUUUAGUCCAUAAAAGAAGCCAAGGGCAGAAAGUAUGUUCUGAAUACGGAUAGAUAUUUGUGUAUAAAUCUUGCAUCUAAAGUCACCUAAGAGCAUUAGAGCACAAAGAAAAAUUUUCCUUCCUCCGGAAAAAAUUCAGGUCUGAAAGGGUCAAUGGCUUACUAAUCUUGUAACUUUGAGAUUGCUGGUUUCACCAUUAGACACAACUUAUAAUUUUUUCCUCACUUAAAUAUUUAUUGUAACAGUCUCUGUUGUAAAUAGUCGUACUUGAUAAUGGUAGUUUCUAUUACAUUUAAUGAUCAUCUUCAAGUGUAAAAAUUAAAUGAAAUAAAACAUUAAUAAAUAACUAUUCUCAUAGAUUGCAUACAGUGAAAUUAAUGGUACUUUAAAAAUUCUUAAAAUUUUGCUUGAAUAAGCACAUAAUAUAGACCGACAAUAUUUAAAAUUUAAGAUUCUCAAAAUUGUACCUGAUUAAUCACAGGAUGUGAGAAAUUAAAAUUCUGUAACAGAAAAGGAACAGCACUAAAUUAUAUUUGUGAUGACAUAUCGUGAUCACAAGCAUUUAGGUGAAUCGACUUUGCACCACACAGACCCACACUUUGUGGAUGAUGGAUAAGGGAGGGAGGAAAAUGGGAGAUAGAAGGAAAAGCACAGAUGUUGUGUGGUAUUAAAAUUUAAAAUAAAUAUUGCCCAAAAGAUGUAAGAAAAUUAAUUUAUGACUAAGGGACAAUACAGAUAAUGUGGUAAAUUUCAAGAUUAUUUAAAGCUUAAAAAUUUUCAAUUUAUGAUCUGCAGUAACAGUUGUUUAUUAUUGUUUUAUUUCAUUUUAUUUUUAGAUCUGAAGAUGACCUUUAAAUGUGAUCAAAGCUAUUUACCUAGUAUAGCUGUUUGCAACUGAGAGUGCUAUAAUAAAUAUUUUAAAAAAUUUUAACAGUUGUGGAAUCUCUUUUGACAAUCACCCAUUAUUUUCUGAAUGUAUUUAAAUUUUUAUUUAUUGUGAAAUUUAAACAUUAAUUAAUAAAUACUGAAUCAUAAAUUUACAGUAAAAUGUCAUCUUUUAUUUUUAAUUAGUAAGUGUAUGAAAAUGUGGAUGCCUUGUUGUUAAAUGAAAAUGUUGUAUACAUUAGUAACAGUGUUCUUUUAUUAUAAUUGUAUUUAUUUGUUGCCUCUAGAAACAAGAGUAUAUUAUUUUCUAUUUGAUGUUUCAGAUUUCUUUAUCAAAUUUUAAUAUAUUAUGAAUACUCACUUUUUCAUGCUGUUAGCAAUUAAAAAUAAAUAUUUUAUUAAUAUGUAUGAUUCAGUAUAUGUUAAUUAAUAUUUCCAUUUGGUAACAAAUUUAGUUACCAAAUUAAAAUAAGUUGUGUCUAAUGUGAAUCAAAGCAGCAACCACUCAAGCUGUGGACAGCUUUGUCAAGAUGUUCAAAAUUUGUUAUACUUAAUUGGGCUUAGAAAUCAAAUUUGAUUUUCUUUCAAGUGUUGUUAAGAGGUGUACUGUACUACUUUAGGAAACUGAUGUCUGGAUAUUGAACUUGAAAUCGUAUAAAAUGAAGAAAAUCAAAUAGGGUAGCGCAUUCUAAGGGGUGCCCUUGUGAAACCUAGGUUCCCACCGUCAUACAAAGGCAAGUGCCGAUGUCAUGGCCAGCAACGAAUUAUGAACUCUUGUAGGAUUCCUCCAUGGUGAAUUCAGCAGAGUCAAGACAGAAACGAUGACCUCUCAUGUAGAAAUAUUCAGCUUUAAUAAGUUCUCUUGUCUGUUUAAAACAACACACAUGUGGAACUAAUAAGCCUGUGAGUCCUUUUGUUUUGUUAACAGAGCACUCAGGUGGAACUGCCUACCAAAAAGUGAAUUUGUUGUCUUAAAAGGGAUGCCACAACACCAAACACGUUUUCAGUCUCUUAUCCGCAAUCCAUAUGAUACAAUGUGCCUUUCUCCUUCUUAAGUCCAGAAGCAAGUUCAGGAUGGCCGAGAAGAAGUUGUAUACUGCUAUAUAAAAUAAGUGCAGCUGAAAUAUCUGAUGGCCUAUUGUUUGAGGAGAUGUAUGAAGCACGUUCAGAAUUCUACCAGCGCUUCUAUAGUAUGGAUAAACAGAUUCUGAGGGAAGGUCCAAGGCAUGCAUGGUAUCCUGUCGUGAGAUACAAUAUGUAGGAUUAAGAGUGUAAAGUUCACAAAUAUGCGUGUGAUGUAAGCCAUAGAGCUACUUGGUUUACUGUAUAGAGGCCAUACCGCCAGUAGUACCUCAUGGAUGUGCAGGACGCUGUCAUCUAAAGGCGAUAUUGCACCCAUAAAGUGUUUCGCUUGCAGCAUCUCUUACCACUGGCGGUUGCCUUUGUAUUGUUGUGAUUUAUUUAUUGUUAACACGUACUAUUGCCGAGUAACUGUCAUAAGGAGGUUUAACGCUUCAGGCAGUCUCUGCUGUGCGUACUGUUUUCAGUGUAAAGAGAAAAAAGAAAGAAAGUUGUACACAUGUAACUUGCUAAUUUGUGAAUUUUGUAUAAUGACUGUGAUUUUUUUUUAAUGAGUGCAAUUGGUGAAGCCUAUAAGUUGUACAUAACAGUAAUUCUAUUGUAUAUAGUGAAGUGCUGAGAGUCUGAUGCUAAAGCAUGUUGUGUCAAGAAAUUAACCUGUGUUUUGUUACAGUGCUUUCAAACAUUUCAUCUUUCCAUAUACUACACUUGCUUCACUGUAAGUAAUGAUGAUUGUGUAAAAUGUUACAAUAUGUGAAUGUGUGUAUAAUGUGAUGUAUUUCAUGUUUUGCAAGAUGUAAGCUUUAUCUAUUUUCAUAUGUUAUACACCACAAUUAAAAUUUCUC